AUGCAGGAUGCAGUAGCCGGGACGAGAAUGCUGACGGACGGCUUCGAGGACGAGAUUGACUCGGUGACUCCUCGUACCCCAGCGGUAGGGAUGGGGGUCGGAGCAACACCAGGAGUCGGACUACGGGGCAUAGGGAUUGGUGUGGGCGGAAAGAAAGUACGAUUGUUCGGCGAGCCCGGUGGGCCUUCUACAGACAGACUGGAUUUCAAACUGGCUGCUGCUGCAGUCCUUUCCUCUGGUCCCGGAUCCAACAGCGACGAAGACGAGGUAUCAGAGGUAACGUUAGCUAGAUAUGCUAGUUAGCCAGAUAGCAAGCAAACGUUCAUCUCCCUGCCUAGCCAGCUAGCUAGAUGUCAGCAGCCACCCCCUCCUAGGCUGAAGAAAUAGUCUAAAAAACAACUACGAAUGUGCUCGAAACAUGUCUCCAGCAAACUCAAUUUAUCAUGGGUUGUCAGACAUAAGGAGAAAAGUGCAAGACACCGACAUAAUUGCAUGAUAAUCGAUGGAAUGUUUUAUUUAUGCGGCGUAGGCUGUGACCACGGCCUAGUUCGGGUGGAAGCAAUCAUGCCAUCGACAGUACUAGCUAGCUAACGUUAGCUAGCUAGUAAGUUAGCAAUCGUCUCGCAGCACAUACACAUUCUCGACUUCACACACUGUACACAUUGGUGGGAGAGCACGUAUUCACACACAGUCAGAACAAGCAAGCGCUCUCAACCUUGCCAAUAUUAAAACUAUCUAAGUUACCAUUUUAUCGUAAUGGUGCAAUUACGUCACCUUUCUAAAUUAUAUACAUUUUAAAGCCGACUGUCCUUCAAUUCCUCAACACACGUUUUAGACAGCUAACUAGCUAACGUUAACUGUCCUAACUAGUUGAGUGAUGGAUAAUCGGGCUGUCAUAAAUAACACAGAAUGAUCAGAUGACACUUGUCUCAGCCUCGCGAGGCAGUGCCAACUCUAUAUCACAGUCCUGCGUUGUUACAAUUCAUAGCAGGCCCUUUUCAGAGUUGUGGCUAACUUUCCAUGUGUUAGCAGGCUCACAGGACACCACAGUUGAGGUUGACACCCGUCAGAUGAGCUGAGAUCGCGAGCUACAACAUGGUCACACAAACCAGGAUCUCCUGUUUUGUCAUCUGUAAUGAUGAUAACACAACGGUUUCAACUCGAAAAUCGUUCUUAUGUGGAUUGGUUCCAUGACACCGUUUGCACUCUGUGUGCUCACCACCAACCAAUCAACAUCCACUUCCAGGUCAGGUGAAGGUGUGACUUUUGAAGCCACACCAGUGGUUGCCCUGCCAUACCAUACCCUGCCCUACUCUAAUCUGUCUGUGGAUUUGUGGCGGCCAUGACACUAUCAAGUUGGUUGUCGUCUGACUGACACAUCGCACAGUUCCCGCUCAGCCCAGUCAAAGCUAUUCGCUGCUCUGGCACCCCAAUGGUGGAACAAGCUCCCCUACGACGCCAGGACAGCGGAGUCACUGACCACCUUCCAGAGACACUUGAAACCCUACCUCUUUAAGGAAUACCUGGAAUAGUAUAAAGUAAUCCUUCUUCCCCCACCCCCCAAAAAGAAAGAAAAGUGGUUGUCCCACUGGCUAUCAUAAGUUGAAUGCACCAAUUUGUAAGUCGCUCUGGUCUCCCGAGUGGCGCAGGGGUCUAAGGCACUGCAUCUCAGUGCUUGAGGCGUCACUACAGACCCCCUGGUUCGAUUCCAGGCUGUAUCACAACCGGCCGUGAUUGGGAGUCCCAUAGGGCGACGCACAAUUGGCCCAGCGUCGUCCGGGUUUGGCCGGUGUAGGCCGUCAUUGUAAAUAAGAAUUUGUUCUUAACUGACUUGCCUAGUUAAAUAAAGAUCAAAUAAAUAAAAUAAGAGCGUCUGCUAAAUGAUGUAAAUGUAAACAUCGCUACCAGUCUGGCUAUUCUGUCCACUAACUACUGUUGAAAUGUAAUUAGGCUUGGAUGGCGUCAUGUGAAUCCCAUUCUAGGAACACAGUCUAGGAUCAUGUUUGCCUGGAAACCCAACAUUGCAAUGAAUUCUAUGUCGGGCAAAAAUGAGUGUCUGGAUCAAGAAAAAUUCUCUCACGACCUCUACAAGCCAGCAUGUUGAAUAAAAUGACAUUUUAAACACUACCGGUCGUUACUGCUGGUGCUCCUUUUGACGGUAGGAAUGUGAGACAAUAUAUCCACAGGAAAGUAUAAUUAAAUCACCUUAUCAAAGCGUUGGUAGUGCGUUGAGAUUUCUAUCACAUGAAGCUAGCGCAGAACCAUGUCAAACGUGUACGAGCUAGGCAAGCAUGCAUGCAUGGUGGGCAUGCGUUUUCAUAUUGUGCGCGUGCUUCAGGUGAUAAAUGUGAACGCACUACCAGCGCUUUGAAAAGUUGAUGUAAUUAUACAUGCCUGUGGAUAUAAUGUCUCAUUCCUACCUGCAAAAGGACCAACCACACAGACAACCGUUAAAGUAAGUUAAAAUAUAAUUUUAUUCAACAUUCUGGCUUGUAAAGGUCAUGAGAGAGCUUUCCUGGCUAAAACGCUCAUUUCUGCCUGACAUAGAAUUCAAUGCAAUCAAGUUUCCAGGCAAGAAUCGUGUGUGUGAGACGCAUGUUGUAACUGCCAGACCAGACGAUAACCUGAGAGUGGUGCAGGGCUAGGGGGCCAAAUCCAGAUAAUACUGGAAAAUCAAUUCACUAAUAAGUUUCCCAUAUAUUUCCAGGAAGGGUUUUAUUUAUUCACGAGGCUGUCAUCUUAAAAGUCUGUCUGUCGUAACAUGUGCACCUACAGAUAGCACUUUCACAUGUCAUGGUGUUGAUGGAAGCUGUGGAGCUUGGCAUGUUAACAGGGUGCAGACACUACCUGUUGAGCGACCACCACCUGACCAUACCAUAAGUAAACCGUGAUGGAAUGGAUGUUAAGUUCUUGUGUUUAAUUUGGAAAAUGGUUCCAGGGAUAGGAGACGAGUGCAGGCAGCUAUCGCGUCUGUCGGGAAUUAGUUAAGGCUGAAUGUACAGUAUAUGUCUGAUACCGGUGUCAUGUUUUGUGGCCUUCCUAAAAGGCCUUUUAAAUUUUUUACAUUUACAUUUUAGUCAUUUAGCAGAAGCUCUUAUCCAGAGUGACUUAGAGGAGCAAUUAUGGUUAAGUGCCUUGCUCAAGGACACAUCGACAGAUUUUUCACCUAGUUGGCUUGGGGGAUUCGAACCAGGGCCCUUUCGGUUACUGUCCCAACGCUCUUAACCACUAGGCUACCUGCCACCCCUCCUUGAGGAUCUGGCUGAAAGGGAGGGAUUGUUGUGAAACGUUAGCCUAGUGGAGAGCUCACUCCUGUGGGCUACAGCUGAACUCUGAGCUCCAGGAUUAAGCAGAUGCCUUUCCAGGCCUUUCCAGCUCUCUGGACGCAACACAGUGGUGGGAACUGUAGUUCAUUGAUGGGCAGGACUGAUGUCCGUUGUUGUUUGGGAGUCCUCUUGGAACUACAUCCCCCAAAGGUCAUUGUGUUCUGCAUUCCAAGUGUAUCGCUACAUUCCUCCACAUAGACUGCUGCCGAGUCCCUGUGGACUCCCAGUAGCUUUUCCUUACUGGUCCUCAUCUCGGUAAAGGACUACAGCUAAGGGCAGACUAUUGACUGAAUUAGCUGUCAACUCUUUUUAUUUUGAAUGCUGUUUGACAGUUGCAGAUGGCACAUUGUUUUCAUUACAUAUCUUUGCAUACUGUACUAAACAUGUAAAUCAUUUAAAAAUGUACUACUAGGAAUGUUAACAUUUUGUCAUAAUUAUUUAAAUGUUUUAAUGAAUUUGAAACUGUUUAUUACCUAUUGUCUGAAGUUUAACCACAUUAAUGCUCUUUGAAUAUUGCUAGUGUUGAAUUCACAAUAUUUAUUCCCAAAUUUUAUCUGCACUUCCUCAUAAGCACUUGCAUCACGUUCCUCAAAAAUCUUUGCCAAGCAAUGCUAGUAAACAGUAUUCUAGUUUGGAACUGGGACAGGUUAGUCAGCAUGUUGUUGGGUACACAGACAGACACAAGUCCCUCUCUCUGGCCCUGACCUUGGGCAGCUGCAGUCCCAGCACGGAGCUGCGCCAGGGGGCUCGUGCUGUAUGUACUGAAUUUGCUGCAUGCUGUUUUCCUCCUCAAUGCUGGUGUGCUGUUCUGUGUUAAAGGGUCAGCUAUGGGCCCUUUGCUUGUACUGUUUAAAGUACACUAACUUUUCAGAGCCUGCUUGGCUUGCUUGGCCCCACUUGAGAGAACCUUAAGCUGGCUUGUAGUGUUGAUAUGGAACGGAUGUCAUUCCAUGCAUGUUUUUGAGAUGUUUAUUAUGGAACACUUGUUUUGCUCCUUGACCACAUUGAGCUCUUGAGUGUUUUCAGUUAUUACACACAUAAAGCAAAUAAACUGUUUGUAGUUAAAAGCUAGUUUUCGGUUGCAAAUAUGAACCACCAUUUUGGAAAACAUUGAUUUAGAAAACAUUUUAAGGAGUCUGUACACUGAAAAUGCUAGAGUUAGUUUGUGGACUACACUGUGAGGUAGAAAACUGAGAUGGGAAUCUGUGACCGUCACAAGUGGUAUCCUACUCUAUAGAUGCCCUGGAUCCUAGAUAUUCUAUUGCUAGGCUGGCCUUUUGUGCUCAAUUCAGGGUAACUCAUUGUACUGUACAGAGCCAAGCCAUUCAUCAAACAACAGUUCCACACAGGAAAAACAGGCUCUGUUCUCUCCCAUCCACAUCACAGAGAGCUGCACUGGGAACAUAUCAUGACACUUAGUUAGCUAACCACCUCAUUCCUUUCUGUUAGCAUGUGCAUGUAGUAUACUAUCAUGCUUUUAGGAUCUGUCUCUUUUCAGAUUCCACAAUGAUUCUUUAGUUGUGGACACUACAUCACUCUUUAGUUGUGGACACUACAUCACUCUUUAGUUGUGGACACUACAUCACUGCACUCCCUCUCUUGCUGUUGUUCCUCCUCAUCUUAGUAAGUCACCUUGAUUUUGCAACUGUGUGUUUUAUCAGUUUCUUUAUGAAAGUAUUUAGCGAACUCCAUGACAGUAGCUAAAACAAGGGACUAUAGCAGCACACAAGUAGACUACAAAUGCAUGCUGGGGCAGGGAUGCCCUGAGCUCAUGAAGUGAGUGCCACUGAAGCGAUACUGUAGUGAAAUUUGGAGCGGGCGAGAAGGCCAAUGCUCCAGCCUUUUGGAAACUCGCUCCAGUCAAAUUGGGCACGCUUCGCUCCUCGCUCCUGCUCCACUCCACUCACGUUCUCUGGAGUGGUGUCACGCUUUUUCCCCAACCCUAGAAAAUGCAGAUGAACAAAAAUAUAAACACAACAUGCAACAAUUUCAACGAUUUUACUGUGGUACAGUACAUACAGUGGGGAGAACAAGUAUUUGAUACACUGCCGAUUUUGCAGGUUUUCCUACUUACAAAGCAUGUAGAGGUCUGUAAUUUUUUAUCAUAGGUACACUUCAACUGUGAGAGACGGAAUCUAAAACAAAAAUCCAGAAAAUCACAUUGUAUGAUUUUUAAGUAAUUAAUUUGCAUUUUAUUGGAUGACAGAAGUAUUUGAUACAUCAGAAAAGCAGAACUUAAUAUUUGGUACAGAAACCUUUGUUUGCAAUUACAGAGAUCAUAUGUUUCCUGUAGGUCUUGACCAGGUUUGCACACACUGCAGCAGGGAUUUUGGCCCACUCCUCCAUACAGACCUUCUCCAGAUCCUUCAGGUUUCGAAGCUGUCGCUGGGAAAUACGGACUUUCAGCUCCCUCCAAAGAUUUUCUAUUGGGUUCAGGUCUGGAGACUGGCUAGGCCACUCCAGGACCUUGAGAUGCUUCUUACGGAGCCACUCCUUAGUUGCCCUGGCUGUGUGUUUCGGGUCGUUGUCAUGCUGGAAGACCCAGCCACGACCCAUCUUCAAUGCUCUUAUUGAGAGGAGGUUGUUGGCCAAGAUCUCGCGAUACAUGGCCACAUCCAUCCUCCCCUCAAUACGGUGCAGUCGUCCUGUCCCCUUUGCAGAAAAGCAUCCCCAAAGAAUGAUGUUUCCACCUCCAUGCUUCACGGUUGGGAUGGUGUUCUUGGGGUUGUACUCAUCCUUCUUCUUCCUUCAAACACGGCGAGUGGAGUUUAGACCAAAAAGCUCUAUUUUUGUCUCAUCAGACCACAUGACCUUCUCCCAUUCCUCCUCUGGAUCAUCCAGAUGGUCAUUGGCAAACUUCAGACGGGCCUGGACAUGCGCUGGCUUGAGCAGGGGGACCUUGCGUGCGCUGCAGGAUUUUAGUCCAUGACGCCGUAGUGUGUUACUAAUGGUUUUCUUUGAGACUGUGGUCCCAGCUCUCUUCAGGUCAUUGACCAGGUCCUGCCGUGUAGUUCUGGGCUGAUCCCUCACCUUCCUCAUGAUCAUUGAUGCCCCACGAGAUGAGAUCUUGCAUGGAGCCCUAGACCGAGGGUGAUUGACCGUCAUCUUGAACUUCUUCCAUUUUUCUAAUAAUUGCGCCAACAGUUGUUGCCUUCUCACCAAGCUGCUUGCUUAUUGUCCUGUAGCCCAUCCCAGCCUUGUGCAGGUCUACAAUUGUAUCCCUGAUGUCCUUACACAGCUCUUUGGUCUUGGCCAUUGUGGAGAGGUUGUAGUCUGUUUGAUUGAGUGUGUGGACAGGUGUCUUUUAUACAGGUAACAAGUUCAAACAGGUGCAGUUAAUACAGGCAAUGAGUUGAGAACAGGAGGGCUUCUUAAAGAAAAACUAACAGGUCUGUGAGAGCCGGAAUUCUUACUGGUUGGUAGGUGAUCAAAUACUUAUGUCAUGCAAUAAAAUGCAAAUGAAUUACUUAAAAAUCAUACAAUGUGAUUUUCUGGAUUUUUGUUUUAGAUUCCGUCUCUCACAGUUGAAGUGUACCUAUGAUAACAAUUACAGACCUCUACAUGCUUUGUAAGUAGGAAAACCUGCAAAAUCGGCAGUGUAUCAAAUACUUGUUCUCCCCACUGUAUAAGGAAAUCAGUCAAUUUUUAAAUAAAUUCAUUAGGCCGUAAUCUAUGGAUUUCACAUGACCUGACAGGAGCGCAGCCACGGGUGGGCAUAGGCCCACCCACUUGGGAGCCAGGCCCAGCCAAUCAGAAUGAGUUUUUCCCCACAAAAGGGCUUUAUUGCAGACCGAAAUACCAGAUGUGGAUGUCCUGGGCUGGCGUGGUUACACGUGGUCUGUGGUUGUGAGGCCGGUUGGACAUGCUGCCAAAUUCUCUAAAAUGACGUUGGAUACGGCUUAUGGUAUAGAAAUGAACAUUAAAUUCUCUGGCAACAGCUCUGGUGGACAUUCCUGCAGUCAGCAUGCCAAUUGCACACUCCCUCAAAACUUGAGACAUCUGUGGCAUUGUGUUUUGUGACAAAACUGCACAUUUUAGUGGCCUUUUAUUGUCCCCAGCACAAAGUGCACCUGUGUAAUGAUUAUGCUGUUUAUUCAGCUUCUUGAUAUGCCACACCUGUCUGGUGGAUGGAUUAUCUUUGCAAAGGAUAAAUGCUCACUAACAUGGAUGUAAACAGAUUUGUGCACAACAUUUGAGAGAAAUAAGCUUUUUGUCCCUGUGGAAAAUUUCUGCUAUCUUUCAUUUCAGCUCAUGAAACAUGGGACCAACACUUUACGUGUUGCGUUUGUUUUUGUUCAGUAUAAUUGCAUUCUAAACUGAAGAUUAUGAUUAGUUGAUUAUUGGAGUCAUGUACAGUGGGGGAAAAUAGUAUUUAGUCAGCCACCAAUUGCAAGUUCUCCCACUUAAAAAGAUGAGAGAGGCCUGUAAUUUUCAUCAUAGGUACAUGUCAACUAUGACAGACAAAUUGAGAAGAAAAAAAUCCAGAAAUUCACAUUGUAGGAUUUUUAAUGAAUUUAUUUGCAAAUUAUGGUGGAAAAUAAGUAUUUGGUCACCUACAAACAAGCAAGAUUUCUGGCUCUCACAGACCUGUAACUUCUUCUUUAAGAGGCUCCUCUGUCCUCCACUCGUUACCUGUAUUUAUGGCACCUGUUUGAACUUGUUAUCUGUAUAAAAGACACCUGUCCACAACCUCAAACAGUCACACUCCAAACUCCACUAUGGCCAAGACCAAAGAGCUGUCAAAGGACACCAGAAACAAAAUUGUAGACCUGCACCAGGCUGGGAAGACUGAAUAUGCAAUAGGUAAGCAGCUUGGUUUGAAGAAAUCAACUGUGGGAGCAAUUAUUAGGAAAUGGAAGAUAUACAAGACCACUGAUAAUCUCCCUCGAUCUGGGGCUCUACACAAGAUCUCACCCCGUGGGGUCAAAAUGAUCACAAGAACGGUGAGCAAAAAUCCCAGAACCACACGGGGGGACCUAGUGAAUGACCUGCAGAGAGCUGGGACCAAAGUAACAAAGCCUACCAUCAGUAACACACUACGCCGCCAGGGACUCAAACCCUGCAGUACCAGACGUGUCCCCCUGCUUAAGCCAGUACAUGUCCAGGCCCGUCUGAAGUUUGCUAGAGUGCAUUUGGAUGAUCCAGAAGAGGAUUGGGAGAAUGUCAUAUGGUCAGAUGAAACCAAAAUAGAACUUUUUGGUAAAAACUCAACUCGUCGUGUUUGGAGGACAAAGAAUGCUGAGUUGCAUCCAAAGAACACCAUACCUACUGUGAAGCAUGGGGGUGGAAACAUCAUGCUUUGGGGCUGUUUUUCUGCGAAGGGACCAGGACGACUGAUCCGUGUAAAGGAAAGAAUGAAUGGGGCCAUGUAUCGUGAGAUUUUGAGUGAAAACCUCCUUCCAUCAGCAAGGGCAUUGAAGAUGAAACGUGGCUGGGUCUUUCAGCAUGACAAUGAUCCCAAACACACCGCCCGGGCAACGAAGGAGUGGCUUCGUAAGAAGCAUUUCAAGGUCCUGGAGUAGCCUAGCCAGUCUCCAGAUCUCAACCCCAUAGAAAAUCUUUGGAGGGAGUUGAACGUCUGUGUUGCCCAGCAACAGCCCCAAAACAUCACUGCUCUAGAGGAGAUCUGCAUGGAGGAAUGGGCCAAAAUACCAGCAACAGUGUGUGAAAACCUUGUGAAGACUUACAGAAAACAUUUGACCUGUGUCAUUGCCAACAAAGGGUAUAUAACAAAGUAUUGAGAAACUUUUGUUAUUGACCAAAUACUUAUUUUCCACCAUAAUUUGCAAAUAAAUUCAUUAAAAAUCCUACAAUGUGAUUUUCUAGAUUUUUUUUCUUCAUUUUGUCUGUCAUAGUUGACGUGUACCUAUGAUGAAAAUUACAGGCCUCUCUCAUCUUUUUAAGUGGGAGAACUUGCACAAUUGAUGGCUGACUAAAUACUUAUUUCCCCCACUGUAUGUUAGCUGGGGCUGAGGCAAAAGUGUAACACCAAUCAGGCUUCCGAGGACGGGAGUUGCCCAUCCAUGAUUUAAGGCGACUCACAGCACAGUGAAUGCAUACCUUUUUUAAGUAUGUUUGUUUAUGUUUAUUUUUCCUCAAAUAAGGCUUUGGUUAAUGUAUCUGAAGCCUUUGCUUGACGGAGUCUUCCUCAAUGCCCAGACCGUGUCAGUAAGGAGGCCUCUGGACCAAUGUGAACGUGUCUGCCUGCAGUGCUGCCCUAGAGGCAGCGGCUACAGAUGGAGGGAUGGACUUUGAAUCAGACCUUAAGAGACUGCUCGGUGUGUUCAGAAUGGCUAAUGUCUAGGUCAACAAGUGGAAAAAACAGCGCAGGACUGAGGCCUACAUAUAGGACAUGGACUCCUUGAGAAAUGGGGGAGGUUUUGUUUUCACUGUCCCUGCCUGACUUAAAGCUGUCCCAUAGUUCAUACCAACCCUACAACUGUCCCAUAGUUCAAACCAACCCUACAGCUGUCCCAUAGUUCAUACCAACCCUACAGCUGUCCCAUUGUUCAUACCAACCCUACAGCUGUCCCAUAGCACGCCCCCAUUCUCAUCGACAGGGCUGUAGUGGAACAGGUUGAGAGCUUCAAGUUCCUUGGUGUCCACAUCACCAACAAACUAUCAUGGUCCAAACACACCAAGACAGUCGUGAAGAGGGAACGACAAAGCCUAUUCCUCCUCAGGAGACUGAAAAGAUUUGGCAUGGGUCCUCAGAUCCUCAAAAGAUUCUACAGCUGCUCCAUCGAGAGCAUCCUGACUGGUUGCAUCACCGCCUGGUAUGGCAACUGCUUGGCCUCCGACCGCAAGGCACUACAGAGGGUAGUGCGUACGGCCCAGUACAUCACUGGGGCCAAGCUUCCUGCCAUCCAGGACCUCUAUACCAGGCGGUGUCAGAGGAAGGCCCUCAAAAUUGUCAAAGACUCCAGCCACCCUAGUCAUAGACUGUUCUCUCUGCUACCUCACGGCAAGCGGUACCGGAGUGCCAAGUCUAGGUCCAAAAUACUUCUCAACAGCUUCUACCCCCAACCCAUAAGACUCCUGAACAGCUAAUCAUGGCUACCCGGACUAUUUGCACUGCCCCCCCACCCCAUCUUUUUACGCUGCUGCUACUCUGUUAAUUAUUUCUGCGUAGUCACUUUAACUCUACCCACAUGUACAUAUUACUUCAACUAGCCGGUGCCCCCGCACAUUGACUCUGCACCGGUACCCCCCCUGUAUAUAUAGCCUCCCUACUGUUAUUUUAUUUUACAUCUGCUCUUUUUUUCUCAACACUUUUUUUUGUUUUAUUUUACUUUCUUAUUAAAAAUAAAUGCACUGUUGGUUAAGGGCUGUAAGUAAGCAUUUCACUGUAAUGUCUGCACCUUUUGUAUUCGGCACAUGUGGCCAAUAAAAUUUGAUUAGAUUAGUUCAUACCAACCCUACAGCUGUCCCAUAGUUCAUACCAAACCUACAGCUGUCCCAUAGUUCAUACCAACCCUACAGCUGUCCCAUAGUUCAUACCAACCCUACAGCUGUCCCAUAGUUCAUACCAACCCUACAGCUGUCCCAUAGUUCAUACCAACCCUACAGCUGUCCCAUAGUUCAUACCAACCCUACAGCUGUCCCAUAGUUCAUACCAACCCUACAGCUGUCCCAUAGUUCAUACCAACCCUACAGCUGUCCCAUAGUUCAUACCAACCCUACAGCUGUCCCAUAGUUCAUACCAACCCUACAGCUGUCCCAUAGUUCAUACCAACCCUACAGCUGUCCCAUAGUUCAUACCAACCCUACAGCUGUCCCAUAGUUCAUACCAACCCUACAGCUGUCCCAUAGUUCAUACCAACCCUACAGCUGUCCCAUAGUUCAUACUUUGGGCCAAGAGGUUGACCUGACAUUUUGUGACUUGACCUGGAAAAAGUAUAUUUAUUAGGUCUAGAGCAGGGAUGACCAAACAUCUGGGCCAAAAAAUAAUGGACAUGACCUUUUCCUGGUCAGGUCACGCGUUCAGGAAAAACUUGAGGCUUGGACUAAAGCCUUCUGCAUGCUUCGGUUCGGCUGGUGAGUGUGCUUCGAACGAGUGCUCGCAUACCCCCUUAAAAGACAUUCGCUUGAAAAACGAGAAAAAGCGGCAAUAGCACUUUGUCCAUCUCGAGAUGCCGUAGCCAGUAUACACUUCCUCAAAAUAGUCUGAAUUAAUCUACGAUAACUCAAGAAAUCUUUCAUCAAUUGACGUUUUUUUAAUUUUUUUAAGUCUCAUACAGACACAACUUUGGACCAAAAUGGCGAGACGUAACUGAACCUCCCUUUUCUAAACAAUAAAAAUCUCUGACAUACAGUGAGGGGAAAAAAGUAUUUGAUCCCCUGCUGAUUUUGUACGUUUGCCCACUGACAAAGAAAUGAUCAGUCUAUAAUUUUAAUGGUAGGUUUAUUUGAACAGUGAGAGACAGAAUAACAACAAAAAAAUCCAGAAAAACGCAUGUCAAAAAUGUUAUAAAUUGAUUUGCAUUUUAAUGAGGUAAAUAAGUAUUUGACCCCCUCUCAAUCAGAAAGAUUUCUGGCUCCCAGGUGUCUUUUAUACAGGUAACGAGCUGAGAUUAGGAGCACACUCUUAAAGGGAGUGCUCCUAAUCUUAGCUUGUUACCUGAAUAAAAGACACCUGUCCACAGAAGCAAUCAAUCAAUCAGAUUCUAAACUCUCCACCAUGACCAAGACCAAAGAGCUCUCCAAGGAUGUCAGGGACAAGAUUGUAGACCUACGCAAGGCUGGAAUGGGCUACAAGACCAUCGCCAAGCAGCUUGGUGAGAAGGUGACAACAGUUGGUGUGAUUAUUCGCAAAUGGAAGAAACACAAAAGAACUGUCAAUCUCCCUCGGCCUGGGGCUCCAUGCAAGAUCUCACCUCGUGGAGUUGCAAUGAUCAUGAGAACAGUGAGGAAUCAGCCCAGAACUACACGGGAGGAUCUUGUCAUUGAUCUCAAGGCAGCUGGGACCAUAGUCACCAAGAAAACAAUUGGUAACACACUACGCCGUGAAGGACUGAAAUCCUGCAGCGCCCGCAAGGUCCCCCUGCUCAAGAAAGCACAUAUACAGGCCCGUCUGAAGUUUGCCAAUGAACAUCUGAAUGAUUCAGAGGAGAACUGGGUGAAAGUGUUGUGGUCAGAUGAGACCAAAAUGGAGCUCUUUGGCAUCAACUCAACUCGCCGUGUUUGGAGGAGGAGGAAUGCUGCCUAUGACCCCAAGAACACCAUCCCCACCGUCAAACAUGGAGGUGGAAACAUUAUGCUUUGGGGGUGUUUUUCUGCUAAGGGGACAGGACAACUUCACCGCAUCAAAGGGACGAUUGACGGGGCCAUGUACUGUCAAAUCUUGGGUGAGAACCUCCUUCCCUCAGCCAGGGCAUUGAAAAUGGGUCGUGGAUGGGUAUUCCAGCAUGACAAUGACCCAAAACACACGGCCAAAGCAACAAAGGAGUGGCUCAAGAAGAAGCACAUUAAGGUCCUGGAGUGGCCUAGCCAGUCUCCAGACCUUAAUCCCAUAGAAAAUCUGUGGAGGGAGCUGAAGGUUCAAGUUGCCAAACGUCAGCCUCAAAACCUUAAUGACUUGGAGAAGAUCUGCAAAGAGGAGUGGGACAAAAUCCCUCCUGAGAUGGGUGCAAACCUGGUGGCCAACUACAAGAAACGUCUGACCUCUGUGAUUGCCAACAAGGGUUUUGCCACCAAGUCAUGUUUUGCAGAGGGGUCAAAUACUUAUUUCCCUCAUUAAAAUGCAAAUCAAUUUCUAACAUUUUUGACAUUUUUUGUUGUUAUUCUGUCUCUCACUGUUGAAAUAAACCUACAAUUAAAAUUAUAGACUGAUCAUGUCUUUGUCAGUGGGCAAACGUACAAAAUCAGCAGGGGAUCAAAUACUUUUUCCCUCACUAUCUUUUCUAGAGAAUUAUGGAACCACACCUCUCAUUUGACUGGUCAUUUGUCUAGAGUAGAUGAAGUAUCCAUUCUACCCGGCAACACACCACUGCCAAUAUGUUUCAACUGCAGUUGGUUAUCUGAGCCAUGCAUUUUUACUCACUCACUCGGUGGUGUUGGAGAAAAACCUCCAGUCAUGUAAAUAAGAGAGGAGAUGUGGAGGACACCAGUCAAACCCAAGAGCUGUGUAUUACAUUAGAGGCCAGUUGUAGUUGUUGAUGGACUGAGUGGAAUUCCACAGAUGGAUACAGAUGAUAUAAUAUUACAGGUUUUGCGGGUCGGCUGCAGAUCAAGAUGCAACAUCAAGAGUGAGAUUUCCCUGUCUGCUGUUAUGUGCUUUAUAUCUUCUGCAUUGCUUACUUGUCUCUCUCCCUCUUCUCCUUACCCCAGGUGGAGUCAUUUAUCUUGGACCAGGAGGACUUGGAGAACCCCAUCAUGAAGACUGCCUCAGAGCUGCUUUUGUCCAGCGCCACAGACGGAGUGGACCUCCGCACCGUCGACCCAGAGACACAGGCCCGCCUCGAGGCCCUGCUAGAGGCUGCAGGUAUGACCCUGAAUCCAUCUCUGGGCCUUAACCCUGACUGCUGUCGUUCAGAACCCAACUGCGCCUGA